AUGUCACCAAAGUUGAGGAUUCAGCUAAGCUCUAACAAGGUCUACCAUCCUGGCAGCACCGUGACUGGUAGUCUACUCCUGGAUGUUGAUGAGGCAAAGAGCUACAAACAAAUCCUGGUCCAGCUAUCGGGAAGAUCUUAUGUUCAUUGGAGAGAAUCAAGUGGUCAGUCAAGUAGAAAUUGCAUAUCUCUGGAGCCAUACUUUGACAGUGUUGCUCCUCUGUGGGACAGUCGUCAGUCUCCUGAUGGGAAGCUCCCACCAGGACAGUACAACUGGCCCUUUAGCUUUGUCAUUCCUCCAUCAGUUCCGUCCUCAUUUGAAGGAAAGUUUGGCAACAUUCGCUACAUGUUGGUGGGCAGAAUAGUGACUGGUGCGCUAAAGUACAACCAUGACGUAAUGGCACUGAUCCCAGUACAACAGCUAGUGCAGAUCACAGACCCUCGUCUCCUCCAGCCAGUACGUACAGAGGUUCAGAAGACGGUUGGCUUUCUGUUCUCCACCUCCCAGCCCAUCAUAAUGAGUGUAGCUGUCCCCAAGACUGGGUUCUUCAUUGGAGAAUCGUUCCAGCUGCACAUCUCACUAGAGAACGGUAGCAAGCGCCGUGUAUCUUUGACUGCAACUUUGAAAGAGUACGUAACAUUUGCUGCAAGUGGAAGCUCUCGCAAAAUUUCGCGCUCACUCUAUGCAAUCAGAACCAAUAGAGUAGAGCGCCAGCAAACUGAACAUUUGGAUAAAACAAUCAUGGUACCUCUAACUGACGUGGAUAUCGUCCACAAAAGCUCCUGCAGAAACAUUAGAGUGAUCUACUGUAUCAAAGUCACUUGCCACAUUCCUCGUGCUUUUAACCUCUCCACUACCAUUCCAUUGGAGCUUGCCAACUGUCGAUAA